AGGUUAAAAAGUAAGUUUAUUUGUGAUUAUAUUCUAAACGUUGUACAUUGAUUGUAAGUUAUUUACUCCUAUUUAGUAAUAAUGUCUGACAGCGAUAGCGGAACAGAAAAUAAUGUUACAACUGAUGAGGAAUGGUUGCUAGAAACAUUAACAGAGGUAUCUGAUCAAAGAGUUUUACAAGACAUCAGUUUUGAUCCUAAAAUUCAAGUAAGCGAUCAUGAGGAUGAUGCAGAACUCAGCACCAAUGGAUAUGCAUCUUGCGACAUAGAUGAAUAUGAAGAAGUGAAAAAGGAAGAAUUCAACCUUAGACUAGUCGAUAUAGGUUCUUGGUGCAAGUGUGGUAAUUGUGCUGUAUUUCUGUAUUGGGCACGGAGAUGUUAUUGCUGCCAAGAAAGUACGCAUAUCAGCGAAAUUAUUUUGGAUAUUGAAAAAGUUUCAUGUGUUACAGAUUGCGAACUUUUCUCAGCUGGAAUCAGUAACCGAAAGAUGCUACAAAUGUGCUCUUUCGGUAUGAUGCAGAAAAGUAUUCCCGUCGCGUCGACAAAGAAGGGAACAUAAAACCAGAAGGACUG